AUGUCUAUGUUAUCCGCAACAGUGACAAGGGCAGUGACAGUAUUAAAGCGACCUCUCCUGGGGCAUCUAGCAGUAGCUCGCCGAGCGGCAGCUGUCCCUUUUAUUACCUAUCAGCCAUUGAACAAGUCAGCAGGGAGACCUAAAGUGACCCUACAGUCGAUUCAGCAUAUGUACAGACGCAAUGAACCUAUUUCCAUGAUGACAGCCCAAGAUUAUCCUUCUGGUUUGAUGGUGGAGCAAGCUGGCAUUGAUCUUUGCCUGGUGGGAGAUUCUCUCGCCAUGGUGAGCCUGGGUUAUGAUUCAACCAACCCGCUUACAGUGGAUGAAAUGUUACAUCAUUGUAGAGCCGUGGUGAGAGGAUGCAAAGCACCCUUUGUGGUGGGUGAUUUACCGUAUGGAAGCUAUGAAGCAAGUCCUGAGGAUGCUGUCAAGGUUUCUCUCCGGUUUUUAAAGGAGGGCCAUGUCGAUGCUGUCAAAUUAGAAGGCGGUGUUGAAAUGGCCGAGACGAUUCGUCGCAUCACCACCGUGGGCAUUCCUGUGCUUGCUCAUAUUGGGUUAACUCCACAGAGACAGUCUGCUCUGGGGGGUUUCAGAGUCCAGGGCAAGACAGCCAAACAAGCGGCUGCUUUAGUGGAGGAUGCCUAUGCGGUGCAAGAAGCGGGUGCGUUUGGCGUGGUGUUGGAAGCGAUGCCUGCUGAAAUUGCAGCGUAUAUCACGAGCAAAUUAAAGAUACCUACCAUUGGUAUUGGCGCGGGUAGAGAAUGCGCUGGCCAAGUGCUCGUGCAAAAUGACGCGCUAGGCUAUUUCGAUCGAUUUGUGCCGAAAUUUACCAAACAAUAUUGCAACUUGAAUCAGAUCAUCACGACCGCUUUACGGCAAUAUCAUGAAGAAGUGAAAACAAGGCAAUUUCCUACACCGCAAAACACGUAUCCGAUAGACGUACAACAGCUGGAAAAAUUCUAUGCGAUGGAAAGAGAAAAAACAGACUGCUCUUGUGCCGGCAUGGAGAGUAGAGGCAUUUUGUCAUGA